UUGACUCUCGAUGUAAGCUGCUUUCUUUGCUCGAUCACGUCCAGGAUCUGCAUCGAUCAGAGCUAUGCUGGAUUUCAUCGGCCUGAAAUAAAUUUCCCCAUAUCGAUGGAGAAACGUCAAAAAAUCAUUCGAGGAACCGGUAAAUCAGCCGAUACAGUUAAUUCACGGGGUUUCGUGAAAUCACAUUCUAGUGCGAAAGCCGCAUCACCUGGGGUAACGAGCUCGUCAUCGUGUUGGAUGAUCAGUACAUUGCUAAACUUUUCGCCAUUCUAGAAUAAUGAAUUAGUGUCACAACAUUCGAAUCACCUAGGGGAAUGGAGCACUUGAGCGCUGCUACUGUACAUUGAAAUAUCCCCACUCUUGGAUAUCCAUGGCGGUGUUCGUUACACAUGCUCUCCUCGCUGGGACACACUGAAGCAAGUUCCCCCUCCAGCCUUACCGACAGCGUUACGAUCCUCGUGGAAUAUUGUCUGGAGAGAUAUUUUUCUCGUCAGUCCAUAUCGAUCGACCGGUCUUCAACAUGGCAACUUCACAGAUCGUUCGCAUUCUCAUCAGCCGUGUGCCUCAACAAUCGAGACAAUUUGGGCAUACCAUUAAAUUCUAUUCUUGUCAAACAACGAAUUAUGAGUUUAUCAAAAUCGAAAAAGUUGGAGAGAAGAAAAAUGUUGGACUCAUAACUCUCAACAGACCAAAGGCCUUGAAUGCCUUAUGCGACAAAUUGAUGAUCGAAGUUAACCAGGCGGUCAAGGAAUUCGAUGGGGACGAAAGCGUUGGUGCUGUUGUUUUAACUGGCAGUGAAAAAGCCUUUGCAGCUGGUGCUGACAUUAAAGAAAUGUUGAACCACACUUUCUCUGGUACGGUCAAAGGAAACUUCUUGGAACAUUGGAACGAGCUUGGAAAGGCCAAGAAACCAGUGAUAGCUGCAGUCAAUGGUUACGCUCUCGGCGGUGGUUGCGAAUUGGCAAUGUUAUGUGACAUCAUUUAUGCUGGUGACAAAGCGAAAUUCGGUCAGCCUGAAAUUGCCAUUGGAACGAUUCCCGGUGCUGGAGGUACUCAAAGACUCACAAGAGUUGUAGGAAAGAGCAAAGCAAUGGAAAUUGUACUCACUGGAAACCAAAUCACGGCACAAGAAGCCGAAAAAUCUGGUUUGGUGAGCAAAGUUUUCCCGGCUGAUCAAUUAGUUGCCGAAGCUGUGAAGCUCGGUGAAAAGAUUGCCUCUCAUUCUCAAUUGAUCGUUGCCAUUGCCAAGGAGUCCGUAAAUACAGCUUACGAAACAACACUGAGAGAAGGUCUUCACUAUGAAAAAAGAGCUUUUCAUGCAACUUUUGCUACGGCUGAUAGGAAGGAAGGUAUGAGUGCUUUUGUCGAGAAACGAGCACCCAAAUUCACCAACGAAUAGAAUAACAUUCAUCAAAAAUCAAACUACAAUUCCAUGUAUAAGCGAAAAAACUUCUUGGUAUCAAAGGCUGGCUGUAUUUUUUUUUAUAAAAAGUCAAACUUUUUUUAAGCUCCAUUGUAAAUCCUAUGUAAAUCCACAUCUAAAAUCGUUGAAUAAAACUAUAGUAAAGUGGUGCUCGCGUA